GGCGGACACGCCCCCCGGCUGGCGGCCCCCUCCGCGCUCUGCCCGCCGCCUCCUCCCGCUCCCCGGUCAGAGGGCCGGAGCGAGAAGAUGGCGAAGACGUACGACUAUCUGUUCAAGCUGCUGCUGAUCGGCGACUCGGGCGUGGGCAAGACCUGCCUCCUGUUCCGCUUCUCCGAGGACGCCUUCAACACCACCUUCAUUUCCACCAUCGGAAUUGAUUUUAAAAUCAGAACGAUAGAACUAGAUGGAAAGAAAAUUAAGCUUCAGAUAUGGGACACAGCAGGUCAGGAAAGAUUCCGAACAAUCACGACCGCUUACUAUAGAGGAGCCAUGGGGAUUAUGCUGGUCUAUGACAUCACAAAUGAAAAAUCCUUCGACAAUAUUAAGAACUGGAUAAGAAACAUUGAAGAGCAUGCCUCUUCAGAUGUUGAAAGAAUGAUCCUGGGUAACAAAUGUGAUAUGAAUGACAAAAGACAAGUGUCGAAGGAAAGAGGGGAGAAGUUAGCAAUUGACUAUGGGAUUAAGUUCUUGGAGACCAGUGCCAAAUCCAGCACGAAUGUGGAGGAGGCAUUCUUUACACUUGCACGAGAUAUAAUGACAAAACUCAACAGAAAAAUGAAUGACAGCAAUUCGUCAGGGGCAGGUGGGCCAGUGAAAAUAACAGAGAACCGAUCCAAGAAGACCAGCUUCUUCCGCUGUUCGCUGCUUUGAUGAACUCUUCGUUUCUGAGAGACUGCAGCACACCUAGAGGGGCCUCCCUUGCUUCUCUGAGAGCACAGGUCCCCCAUCCUCAGAGUCACCCCGCCCGGCUGCUGCGGAGACUACCACUAGACUUAGACGUCUGCACACAGAGUGCCCAGCGGAUUCCAGCUUCGUGUCCUCAAAAAAAGAACAGGCUCCUUUUUUCAAACACGGAAGCGAUGACAUGGAGACCCGUGCAGGACCUAACUGGUCUUUCCUUUCCUACUGCCUGCUGCAGAAGCUGCUCUCUCUCUUUUCCAGUUUGCACAUCGUUGUUAGCCCUGCCCUCCGACAGCGCGCUCUGAGACUCCUGUCUGCGCACCUUUGUGUCACGAAGCUCUAGACAAACGCGCACUUGGGAUGUUUAAAAGACAGCAAAACAUUAAGCAGAGGUUCACUAAAGUUAAAGGACAGUUUUAAAAAUUCAUUAAGAGGCCCAUUUAUUCAUCAGAGGCCACAGUAUCUUUAUUUCUUCAGAUUAUUGAGUUUUGUUUCAUUUUUUUGUCAGAGUCUGGGUAGCUGAAUGAAUUGCUUUGUAAAUUUAUUACCUCUGCCUAAUCUGUAGGAACUGUAUUUGGAAAUACUAUUAUCUCACUCAUCCUGGGGUUUGUAUUUGCUAUGCUUUCUCAUGUUUGGCAUGUAUUACUUAUCUAAAACUAAUAACACAUUUGAAUGUUGCUAUCUGUUUGUAUUUCUGAACUUCUUAAACUGAAAUUUUUAUAGGUAGAGUUGUAUCACUUAGGGUUUUAUUUCAGCAUCACAUCAGAAUAUGUUAUUUUUUCUUAGAUUCGCCCCUUAGCCUACUGGUUUUGUUGUAAUACCUGAUUUCUAUCACAAUCCCUUGUCUGCAAGAGUUAACAAAAGUUAGAUUUAGAUUUUAGUUUGCAGAAAAUAUAUCUACAAUGAAAAGGAUUACUUUGUCAAUAGAAAUUUAAGAGAUAGUCCUAGUUAUGGUGAAAAUAAUAAUCUUUGGGUCUAUUUUUCUUUCUUUUUAAAUAAAAGUACUUGGACUUAGUACAACCUCUAGGAAAAGUCUUGCCUUUUUAUUAGAGAAAAUAUGAUCAGCAUUUCAGUUUUAAAAGAGCUAUUAGUGAAUAGGUAGUACCUAGCCCCAUCUGUUUAGGUUCAUUGUGACAAACUUUGUCCAGUCAUUUGGGCCAAGUCCUUUCUCCCCAAACACUGAUGCUUGUAUUCCUACUGUAGAUGAAACCAUCACAUUAGAAAAAAGUAUUUAGUGUUAAUUUAUGUGCCAAAUUCAGAUGAUGAUGUCGUUGUUGUUGUUACAGCUUUCAGUGUCAUAACACGGAAGGGAAUGGAAAGAGGUGACUAAGAAAAUGAGUUCUGUUAUAAUCAAUAUUUCUGAUUAAAUAAAUCAGCCAUGCCUGCCCAGGCUGCUGUCGUGCAAGGUAGUUAAGAACAGAGGAUGAAGUGGAGAUGGUGGGUUGCUUAUUACCACAAAGACUUCUGCUUCAGAUUAGGAUUUGUUGUCUAAAUGCUUGGAUCAGUCAGCCUUUACUGCUUGUUUUACAACUUAGAAGCAGUGUAGUGGCUGCAAACAUGCCAGAGCUAUUUUUGAUGGUUGCACUAAACUUGCUGUUGACAAGUUUCAGACUUCUUGAUUUUGUUUGUUUCUUCAUUUUAUUAGUUACAAGUAAGCUGAAAGUCACUCGUUGCUGUCCCAGUGUAAUCAGUAGUUCCACGGUGGACAGUUGAACGUGAGUCUGUCAUCUUCAGAUGCACAUUUGAAAAGAAAAAAAAAAUUUCUUGGAACCAUCUCAUUUAAUUAUCUGGGGGGAAAUCCAAGCAAUUAAGCUCUCUGGGUGGUAAUAAAGUACUUUCUAAAGGACAAGUGCUAUGACACCAUGUAUGAAUGUAAUUCUCUUAGUAUUUUACCUCUGACUAUUUGGUGUCUUAACACUGCGCUUUCUAUCUCAGGGGUUGUCUGCAAACCAAAACUGACACAUUCUGUGGUUAGUCUACAUUUUUUUUUUAAUAGAAUGCUUUGGUUUUGUUAUAUUUCUUUGCUCUCCUUUUGCCUUCUGUAGGUAUAACUAGUCUCCAUGAACUUCCCUUUGAAAGAGCCUGUAAAAGUCAAGUGAGUCUAAACGUGCUCUUUGAAGUAGCAGCAACACUGGGAGUGUAUACUCUGUUAUAUAGAAAUAAAUUGUCCUUGCUAUUUUCUUA